AUGAGUCAAGGUGUGACAGCGAGCAAAAGCAGACGUCAGAGUAGAUUCAGAAUCUUGAAUGCCGCCCCAAACGCCUCACGGACCACAAGUUCAAAUAAGCAACAGGCCCAAGGAGCCUCCGAGCAAGAACUAUCGCAUCAGUCGACUGCGCCGCUCGUUUCAGAAACCAGCGCCACGCCACUACAUGUUGAUAAUGCGCAGGAUCCCUUGGGGCCCAUCUCCCCCUUGAUUACCCAUGAAAUUCCUGGACCUAGUCCCGCUGUCAACCAAGGCCUAUCCCCACCUUACUCCAGCGAUACAUCAUCACGCCUGUCUCAAAAGGUCAUUCACAGCAAAACACCGGAGCAUAUUGAGGAUGAGAUCAACGCGAAUGAUUUGGGACUGCAGACGACGUCUCCCCAAUCCCAUUAUCCACCGACUAUACCAUGUGGCUUCAAUACCCUUCUCCAAUCCAGGGAUGACUCGUCGCAUCCCUAUAAUUCCAGCCCCGAGUACGUUAUCGAUAAUUUGAGUGGGCUCAGGGACUUUGACCACAGUGCCCAGUUCCACUCAUCAAUAAAUGGCACUUAUCAGACUGUUCCAUCACCAUUUUUUGAUCACGAUGUAUUUUCUGAUCCGGCCAACCUCAUCAAUGAUGUCUUUCUGCCGGGCUCUGCCUAUGAGGCACUUCACACGACCUUAAGAAACCGCCAGCUAUGGACUGCCCGCCCGGAUAUCCCAAAUCGCCGCAGCUCACAAGACCCUUUUCCCCUGGCGCAUACUCCAACAACAGCUAGUGAUGUUGGGUCAUUUUCAAGAACUGAAAGAGAGCCUCGGCGUUUUGAGCUAUCCCCAGAAAGAGAACAUAUCUUGUGGGAAAACUAUCUCAACGAGAUUUGUUCAUGGCUCGAUAUGUUUGAUAACAAUCGCCAUUUUGCUUCAACUUUCCCUCAAAUGGCCAAGUCUUCGACUCAUUUGCGUUACUCUAUAUUGGCUCUGUCUGCGCGGCAGCUUGAAAGACAGCAAACCCGAAAGACGCAAUCAGAGAGCCUGUCACUAUAUCAAGAAGCUAUUCACCUCCUUCUACCUGAGUUAGGAAGCAAAUCCACUCCUGUCAUCGCUUCUUGUGUUAUCUUGUGUGUCUUGGAAAUGCUAAGCUGUAACCCCAAAGAAUGGCGUCGUCAUCUAGAUGGCUGCGCAUAUCUUAUUCAAGCGGCAGGGAUCAACGGUUUCUCCGGGAAAGAAGAACAAGCGCUUUUCUGGUGCUUUGCUCGGAUGGACGUUUGCGGUGGCCUCAUAUCCGAAGAGGAAACCAUCAUUCCUAUCAAUAAUUGGAGGCCAAGUCAUAUGAACUACACUGAAGCUGCACAAACGUUUAUAUCAUCAGCCAAAACCAACCUCGAUACAUAUGCAAACUAUGCAGUGUAUCUCGUUGCACGAACGGUGAACGUUCUUUUUGGCUGCGCUUCAAAGAUGUCUCACCCCUGCACAUCAUGCCAAUCAGUCGCCAACGAUGAUGGCGACUCAUAUGUCCACCGGUGGGCGGAUUCAUUUGAUCGUGUAGAAGAGUGUGGCUGCUGGACGAACGCACUUCAGCCUCUAUGGAUAGCUGGCAAGGCCAUGUCGCACUACUCUGAGCACGCUGCAAUUGUUGAGACUUUGGUCAGAAUUGAACGCGAGACUGGCUGGGCUACUGCUUGGCGUGUCGAGGACCUAAAGGAAUUUUGGGGCGAAUACGAUAACGACAACUGUGAUGUCGACGUGGAUUGA